ACCGCUAAUAAAAUGAGAGAUAUAAGCUGUAAGCCUCUCCUCCAACAAACUGAAAGCUGAAUGGACACGAAAAAAUAAACAUUUUCGCUCACGCUUGGUUUGCACGUGGAAUUUUUACAUUAUGAGACUCUGUAAGCACAUAAUAGUAAUGUAGGAUAAAAGUCUAAAAGAAAGAAAGUUAAAACCAUUUUCACUCUGAACUUUUAGUUAUUCCUUUUCUCUUUGUCUCUUACAUACUGCAAAAAAUGUUACACGAAGAAAAUCAAGACAAGAUGGAAUCAGUAGCAUCAAAUAUUUUGGUCCAGUUCAAAAAUGAAGCUGGUGAAAUUGGUAGUCCCCCUUUUGAUAUGCCAGUAAAUGUUACUGCUCAACAGUUACAAAUUAUCUGUAAUUCAGUACUUAAAAAAGAAGAACCAGUACCUUUUCUUUUCUUUGUUGAUGAUGUACAAAUUAAAGAAAGCUUGGCAAGCACAUUAAAAGAUAAACCUUCAAGCACUGAAAAAAUUCUUGAUAUUGUGUAUGCUGAACAAGCUGUUUUCCGUGUCCGACCUGUCACUCGAUGUACAAGCUCAUUACCUGGGCAUGCUGAAGCUGUAAUUUCUGCAUCUUUUAGUCCAGAUGGCCGGUACUUAGCUAGUGGUUCUGGGGACACAACUGUGAGAUUAUGGGAUGUAAAUACUGAAACACCACAAUAUACUUGUAAAGGUCACAAACAUUGGGUGUUGUGUAUUUCAUGGUCUCCCAAUGGUAUGAAAUUAGCAUCAGGGUGUAAAAAUGGCCAGAUUAUGAUUUGGGAUCCUAAAACUGGAAAACAGUUAGGCAGAGCACUAACUGGCCAUGGUGCCUAUGUAUCUGCUCUUUGUUGGGAGCCUUUGCAUUUAAAUGCUGAGUGUAGGCGAAUAGCCAGUGCUUCAAAGGACCGUACUGUUAGAAUUUGGGAUGUUAUAACAUGCCAGACUCUCUUCCUUCUCUCUUCUCACACCGCAGGUAUUACUUGCGUCAAAUGGGGAGGUACUGGGUUGAUAUAUUCUUCCUCUCAAGACCGUACCAUAAUAGUUUGGAGAGCCAGUGAUGGUACACUUUGUCGGACACUUCAAGCUCAUGGGCACUGGGUCAAUACUAUUGCUUUGAAUACUGAUUACUUAUUGAGAACAGGACCUUAUGAUCCAAGCAAAGCAAGUAUUGUCUACAGAGAUAUUGCUGAAACAGCUGAAGAAUUAUCUAAUACUGCUUUGAAGAGAUAUAACAGCAUAACAAAAGGUGAACCUGAAAUUAUGAUUUCUGGCUCGGAUGAUUUCACUAUGUAUUUAUGGACUCCAGAAAAUAGUAAAAAACCCUUAACAAGAAUGACAGGACAUCAAAACUUAAUUAAUGAUGUCAAGUUUUCACCUGAUAUGAGAUUAAUUGCAAGUGCUUCUUUUGACAAAUCUAUAAAAAUAUGGAAUGGAAGAACUGGAAAAUUUAUUUCUACUUUGCGUGGACAUGUGCAACAAGUUUAUCAAAUCUCUUGGUCUGCCGACAGCAGGUUACUUGUUAGUGGAAGUGCUGACUCUACUCUGAAAGUGUGGGACUUGAUGACUAACAAAAUUAUGCUUGAUUUGCCUGGCCAUGCAGAUGAGGUUUAUGCUGUUGACUGGAGUCCUGAUGGACAAAGAGUUGUGAGCGGAGGUAAAGACAAAGUAAUUAAAAUAUGGCGAAGGUAAUUGCAUGAACAAUCAGCAACUUAUUUUAGCACAUUGUAUAUACACUUUUUUUUUUUAAAUCAAUAAAUUGCUUUUUGUUCA